AUGAGACAUAUUUGGGUCCUAUUUGCAUUACCGUUGACUUUGGCUGUACCCUUCAUACCUAUUUUGGCCAAUGAUAUACCUCAAACUGGUUCUUCACCUGGAUACUCGGAAGCUUCCAACCAUUUAAAACAAGCUCUCAAUCUAACUGCUGAUCCAUGUGACGAUUUCUUCGAGUUCGCUUGUGGUAGAUGGAUUGCUGGAAAUCCAAUUCCCAAAGAUCUCACUUCCUAUGGAAACUUCCAGAAGCUCAGAGAGAAGAUUCAAAUGGAGAUGAGAGAUCUCUAUGAAUCUGAUAAGAAACCAACAUCAAAGGCCAUUGACAUGCUUCGUUCAAUCUAUAAAGGAUGUAUGGACGAGCAGAAGCUCAAUGAUGUAGGAUCAGCUGAACUAUUAGAUUCUCUGAAGACAAUGAACUACUGGCCAAUGCUACACACAACUCUGUGGCAAGAAUCUCAUUUCGAUUUAACAGACUUACUAAUCCACAUUGCCAGUUCAAGAGGAACUGAUGUAUUUAUUGAUAUUUACGUAGGAACUGACAUCAAGAAUGUAACACGUCGUCUUAUUCAGUUUGAUCAAUCAAGUCUCGGUCUUGGCAGUUCAACAAGAGAAUACUAUCUGAAUCCCGAUAAGUAUUCAAAACAAAUGAAUGCCUAUCGUGCUUUACUCAUCAACAAGACAAAGCUAUUAACAUCUGAUGCUGGAAUGGAUGUGCAUGACAAUCGAAUUGAAAAAGAUGUUGAAGAGCUAUUAGAUUUUGAAACCAAGUUCGCUAAUAUCACUGUACCUGAAGAUGAGCGUCGCAACUUCUCCGCCUUGUACAACUUGAGACACUUAUCUGAUUUGAAUGAUCUAUUCCCACUGAUGGAUUGGAAUAGAUACUUCAGAGCUGUUAUGCCAUUCGAAACUCAUGAAUAUCUUGACACAAAUCCUGAAAUAGUUAUUACAGAGAUCGAUUACUUCAGAAGACUUGCUGAGCUUCUUCAAUCAACUGAUCCACGUAUCAUUACAAACUAUGUGUUAAUGAGAUUCACAUCUUCAUGGAGCAUGCAAUUGGGAAGCAAGUACGAGGAUAUCGCUCAAGAUUUCGCUCGCGACAUGUACGGAAGAAAGGAAAAAGCCCCUAGAUGGAAAGAUUGUGUCUCAAGUACAAAUGGGAAAAUGAUGUUUGCUUCCGGAUCUAUGUAUGUACGAGGACAUUUCGAUAAGGAGUCCAAGAAUACUACAUUGAGCAUGAUUGGAGAUUUACAAGAAGCUUUCCAUAACAUGUUGGUUGAGAAUGAUUGGAUGGACAAGGAUACCAAAGAAUUCGCCAAGAAAAAAGCUGAUGAGAUUAUCAAGCAGAUCGGAUAUCCCGAUUUCAUCCUCGAUGAUGAGAAGUUGGAUGAUUGGUAUAAGGAGUUACAAAUUGAAGCCACUGACUCAUACAGCCAGAUGAUUAACAAACAGAUCAGAUAUGCUACUAACUUCCAAUACAAACGUCUUUUGGAACCAGUUGAUAGAACUGAAUUCGGAGCAAAUCCUGCAACAGUCAAUGCCUUCUAUUCAAGUAUUAAAAAUGCUAUUAUGUUCCCUGCUGCUAUUCUCCAAGUGCCAUUCUUCCAUCAUUCAUACCCUAAGGCUUUGAACUAUGGAGGAAUCGGAGCUGUCAUUGGACAUGAAAUCACUCACGGAUUCGAUGAUCAAGGAAGACAAUUCGAUGAUAUCGGAAACCUCCGUGACUGGUGGGAUGCCACUACAACUGAGAAAUUCGAAGAGAGAACCAAAUGUGUAGUUGAACAGUAUGGAUCUAUUGAAGUACCCGACAUUGGAUUAAAAAUCAAUGGUAAACUCACUCAAGGAGAAAACAUUGCUGAUAAUGGAGGAAUCAAAGAAGCUUUCAAAGCAUACAAACGCUAUUUGGAGAGGAAUGGCCCAGAAAAACGUAUUGCCGGUCUUGAGCAGUAUGAUAACGAACAGAUGUUCUUCAUUGGGUACUCACAAACUUGGUGUGGACACAUGACUCCAGAAUCCUCUAUUCGUCAGAUUCUCACCGAUCCUCAUGCUCCUGGUCGUUACAGAGUUAAUGUUGUCCUUCAAAAUCAACCUGAAUUCGCUGCGGCCUUCAAGUGUCCAUCAGGAUCAGCUAUGAACCCAACUCACCGUUGUUCUGUCUGGUAA